AUGGAUUCAGAAUAAGCAGAACUAAACAUUCCUGCAUAAAUAUCUUAUUCGCAUUAGGAAAAUGAAUAAAUCUAAAUUGCUCAUAGUAUUUAUCCAAAUUAGUUGAAUAAUCUCAACCAUCUGUUAGCUGCUCUCGAUAAUAUGUUGGAAAAGGCUGGAUAAUAACAUUCAUUAAAGAAAUUAAAAAAUUAAUUUCUAAUUGUAAAAAGAAAUACUGAGACUAUUUUAACUCACACAACUCCUUAUGUUUGA